AUGAGCCAACGGAACACGAGGACACAGAGGGAUGCUGCCCAUGCGUCGUAUCACGCGCCCAACAUCCCAGUCAACCCCAUCCACACCGAGACGUCCAAAUUCCCCAGCUUCACAAACACCAAGCGGCCCGCCGACCCCGCCGCGGCUGCCGCCGUCGCAAAGGCUAAAGCGGCGGCAGGGAUCAGCGCCGUCCGCAACGGCAACUGCCGCACAGACGGGCACUACCUCCCCAAACGCACGUUCUGGCAGCGGUUCCAGUACGGCGUCAUCCUGCCGCUGUGUAUGAUGCCCGGGUCGAUUGACGCCCCUGCCAUGCCGCAGGGACGGCCGAUGGAGACGUGUAUGCGGUGCGGACGCGAAGUGCAGAGGAAUUGA